CUGUCUGUAAUAUCGCAGGCUUCACCGGGGCUGAGAGCAACUGUUUAACCCUGCGUGUUAUAACUGUAGCUGGAUAAUAAGUCACCAUCACCGUUUUCCUCUUUGUGAAGUGAGUCGCAACAACAACAGGAAGCCUUGAGGGAUCUUAUAUUCCCCCUUUUUACCUCACAGUUGCUGCUCUGUCCACACACGGAGGAAACUAAAGCCCGUAAUGUUCAAUCCGCACAUCCACCAGCAGCAGCAGCAGCAACAGCAACAACAACAGUUUCACCAGCACCUGCGGCAGCUACAGCAACUUUUCCAGCAGCAGCCUCCUCCUCCGCCGCCGCAGCCUCCUCCCGGGCACCAUGUCCCCCAUCACCACCACCAGACACAGCGAACGAUUGGUGGGCCUCCCCAGACAGCCCCUAAUCCCAGGAUGGUCAACCUGUGCCAGGCGACCCAGACUACCAUCAUCGCCCCCAACCCCAUGCUGCAGGGGGCCUUACUGAUGCAGCAGAUGCAGGGUAACAUGCGGGGCUUUGGGAUGGGCGGACAGCAAUACCGUCAGUUCUUCACAGCUGGCGCCAGGUCAUCUCUGCUCGGUCCAGUUCCCAUGGGCAUAGCUCUCAAGUCCCCCAUCAUGGGUUACCCAUCUGCUCGACCCUUCCACCCACACAGUCGCUACUACAACAACAACAACACCAACACCAACACCAACCCAGCCGUCUCCUCCACCUCCUCGUCUUCUUCCACCUCAACCACAGAGGCUGCAGCUAGGAAGAGAGACAGCCAGCAGAUGGCAGAAGCGAGCAGCGAUGACCAACCAGCAGCGAGCAGCUCCAGUGAGACUGGAGAUCAGAUUGAAACAGAUGGUGCUGUGGGAGGAGAUGAUGGAGACACACAGCCGUCUGAAGAGCAACUUGAAGAGCCUGCAGUGAAGAAACCGAGGACAGACGAGUCAGAGGAGCCUAAAGAACAGAGCGUGGUUGAGACUGUCACUAUAGAAGACACAGACGGGGAGGCUCUUUCUUCAGAGAGUAACAGCAACAUGGAAGCCGCCAGCCAUCCUGAAGACUGCAUGAUUGUGGAGGAAGGAGGUUCCACAGCUGGAUCAGAUGAUGUUGAGCUGCUGGAGGAGAGUACUGUUGCUGAGGCACACAGCUGUACGUCUGGCCCGAGUGAAGACAGCCAGCAGGUUAAUUUACUCCCGGAUGAGACGCCACAGAGCAAAGAUGCUCCUUUAGCUUCACCAGACCACCAGGAAGAAGAAGAAGAAGAGGAGGGUGAAGCGGAGGGCGCCAACAAGUUUUACUGCUACCUCUGCAGCAUCACCUGCCACAACCAGCAAAACUUCAGGAGUCAUAUGAACAGCGUUUCGCACCAGCAGAGGAUGAUGGAGAUCCAGCACAUGAGCAACGCCUGCCUGGUCACGCUGCUGCCUCGAGUGCAGGAGACUCUACAGGGAGCAAGCAAAGAGGGGGAGAAAAAAUCCGAUUUGCAGCGUUGGUGUGCCACCUGUCACACCCACUUCACCAGUAGCCUCAUGGACCACCGUCGCACCAAGGAGCACAAACUUGCCAGUCGAACUGCCAUCUCCUCCUGCACAGUCUGCAAGAAACACUUCAGGACCUCCCAGAUAUUUGUGGAGCACUUGCAGUCCCAGGAGCACCGGCAGAAGAUGGAGAAGCUUCAGGAGACGGAGGGCUCUGAGGCUUUGGCCAAGCUGACCUCAAUGGAUACCGACGGCUUUUCACUGGAAGAGGAGGAGGGCAGCGAGAUGGAAGAGUUAGAGGAUAGACAGAGGAGCGAAGGGGACCAAGACUCCUCUGACAAACAGGAUGGCUGGACCUCCUCUACAGAAGUGACCCUAAAGGACAUGACCAGUGAUGAGCAGUAUGACCCUGACACAGUCUACGGGUCUAGUUUCUUUGUUCCAGUAGCAGGUUUUAUCUGCAGACUCUGCAACAAAUUCUACCACUUUGAAUCCUCUGCCCUGCACAGCCACUGCAAAUCCCUGAAGCACUUUGAGAACCUCAAGACUCACAGAGACUUGCUCUGUCAAAAGAGUGAAGCUGUUGAAUCUUCCAGAGAAUCUCUCUUAGCUGAGGACAGCUUACCAGAAACCACCACAGACUGUUUGGAUGAGAGUUCCCUCUGCGAUGACACAGAUAUAGGGACGGACCUAAACUCAAUGCAGCCUACCGUCACACUCAACCGACUGAGCGUCCAGGAAGAAAACCAGCAAAAGGAGAACCAAGCUGAACCAGAACCAACCUCACAGGAAGUCAUCACCACCUCAGCGACCAGCAGUGGCAGCGCAGACCAAGAGCUAAACCUCCAAAGCGAGGAGCAAGAGCCCACAUCCCAGGUCUCUGUAGUUCAGGAUAGUCCAGCUGAGUUGCCCUCUGACAGCAUCAAAAAGGAGCCAGACUCAGAGCCGGCAGCAGCUGCUAAUGAAGAGGAGGAGGAGAAGGAGGAGGAGAAGGAAAAGGAGGAGGAGAAGGAGGAGGAGGAGGAGAAGGAGGAGAAGGAGAAGGAGAAGGAGGAGGAGAAAGAGGAGGAGAAGGAAGCUCCUGCUGCACCAGAGAAAAAGAACAGCACAGGGAAGGCGAAAGCGACGCCCAAACGCAGGUCAGGAAGAGCUGCAAACAGACGUUGAGUCAAAGAGAUGGAAAGAAAGGAAACCUGGUACAAUCCCAACCUUGAGACAUCACAUGUCAGUAUACAAAGAGGUGCUUCAUGGAACAAGAAGUGAACGGCCAUGUUUGGAAAGUUUGAAUUAAACACACACCCACAGAUAGGAAGACUGAUGACGAUGAUGAAACACGGUGGAACGGAUGCUCUCCCAGGGUGGGAAUAAAGGGUUGGUAAGCCUUUUCAUUUUGGCUCCCAGUUAGAACAUCAUGUUCUUUAGAAGGCCAAUCAUGUGGCCAAAAGUCGCACUUUCAGAUUACACAAAUCAAAAAGACAUGAAAUUAAGCAUGUCUGGUCACACCAGCCUUUUCCUUUAAGUGUUUUUUUUUUUAAACAAUUAAAACAAACUUUUUUUAGAUAAAGAGAUGUUCGGUAAAUUUAGGACCUGCUAGAAAAAACCUGUUACAUGGACACAUACACUCACUAGCCUCUUUAUUAGGAACACCUGUGGAAUCUAAUGCAAUCCAAUACAACAGCUCUGCUAUAAAUUCUACAUUUAUGAAGUUUAUACAUCUUCAGUGUUUGUUGACAUUACCAUGAAGGUGAUAAUUCUACUUUAUGUUUAUUAUUGAGGUCAUAGUGGGUGAUGGUGGUGUAUUAGGGUGCUUUAUAUUCACUGGUGUUCCUAAUAUUUUGUCCACUCCAUUAACAUACAUGAGAGGGGCAA